CCAGGCACCGACGCGCCGGCCGUGGUGAACUGCCUGCACAUCCUGGCCCGCUCGCUGGACGCCAGGACGGUGAUGAAGUCGGGCCCCGAGAUCGUGAAGGCCGGGCUGCGGUCCUUCUUCGAGAGCGCCUCCGAGGACAUCGAGAAGAUGGUGGAGAACCUUAAGCUGGGCAAGGUGACGCAGAGCCGUACCCAGGUGAAGGGGGUGGCCCAGAACAUCAACUACACCACGGUGGCCCUGCUGCCCGUCCUAACCUCCCUCUUUGAGCACGUGGCCCAGCACCACUUCGGGGACGACGUCAUCCUCGAUGAUGUCCAGGUCUCCUGCUACCGGAUCAUGUGCAGCAUCUACUCGCUGGGCACCACCAGGAACCCCUACGUGGAGAGGCAGCGCCCGGCGCGGGCCGUCCUGGGGUUGCCCAGCCGGGUGGAGGAGAUGUGCCCCGACAUCCCAGACCUGGAGCGCCUCGGGGGCCGGGCGGAGUCGGGCGCCCGCUACACGGAGAUGCCCCAUGUCAUCGAGGUGACACUGCCCAUGCUCUGCAACUACCUGCCGCGCUGGUGGGAGCGCGGCCCCGACACCCUGCCCCAGGGGCCCUGGGCCACCGCCGUCACCGGGCAGCACCUCAACGCCCUGCUGGGGAACAUCCUCCGCAUCGUCGUCAACAACCUGGGCAUCGACGAGGCCUCCUGGAUGAAGCGCCUGGCAGUGUUCGCCCAGCCCAUCGUGAGCAAGGCGAAGCCGGAGCUGCUCCGCUCCCACUUCAUCCCCACCAUGGAGAAGCUGAAGAAGCGAGCGGGCAAGGUGGUGGCCGAGGAGGAGCAGCUCCGCAUGGAGGCCAAGGCCGAGCCCGAGGACUCGGAGCUGCUCAUCCGCGACGAGUUCUCCGUGCUCUGCCGCGACCUCUACGCCCUCUACCCCCUGCUCAUCCGCUACGUGGACAACAGCCGCUGCCCCAAUCCACCUGGUACCUCCAAACUCCCCCUUAUUCUGGGGGCUCCAUCCCUCCCCUCCCACCUGUCCGGAGACGGCCAGGGGGGUGGCUCGGAGCAGGAGCGGACGAAGAAGAAGCGCCGGGGGGAUCGGUACUCCAUCCAUACCUCCCUCAUCGUGGCCACCCUCAAGAAGAUGCUGCCCAUCGGCCUCAACAUGUGCUCACCCACUGACCAGGAGCUCAUCAGCCUGGCCAAGACCCGCUAUGCACUGAAAGACACAGAUGAGGAAGUGAGGGAGUUCUUGAACAACAACCUGCACCUGCAGGGCAAGUGCGAGAACUCCUCGUCCAUGCGGUGGCAGAUGGCCCUGUACCGUGAGAUGGCCGGGAAGGCCGAGGACUCAGACAGCCCUGAGAAGAUUGUCCGUAGGGUGCAGGAGGUGUCGGCCGUGCUCUACCACCUCGAGCAGAUGGAGCACCCCUACAAGUCCAAGAAGGCGGUGUGGCACAAGCUGCUGUCGAAGCAGCGCCGGCGCGCCGUGGUGGCCUGCUUCCGCAUGACGCCCCUCUACAACCUGCCCAGGGCCGCCGAGAUGGUGCUGCAGAUGAUCAGCGCGUGCAAAGGGGAGCGGGGCGACAUGGUGUCCUCCACCCUCAAGCUGGGCAUCUCCAUCCUCAACGGGGGCAACGCCAACGUGCAGCAGAAAAUGCUGGACUACCUGAAGGAGAAGCGGGAAGUUGGGUUCUUCCAGAGCGUCCAGGCCCUGAUGCAGACGUGCAGGUGAGCGUCC